AUGUACAAUUUUACAAUUACAACUUGUUUUGUUUUAAUUCUGAUUUUUUGUUUUAUUUUUGUAUUUAACACUAUUAGUGCAUUUAAUUUGUAUAUUGAAAGUGAUGAAAUGAAUAGAACUUUGGGAAUAUCUGCUAGAAUGGAUUAUGUCACUGAUGGUGUUAUUAAUGAAUAUUCUACAAAAUUCCCCUACAGAUUAGCAGAAAAUAUUAGUCGACUUAGAUUUACUUGGAGCAGUUCUGACAGAAUGACUUAUUAUUCUCUUCAAGCAAAUUCCCAACAUUUUGAUGUUGUCCCAAUUGUUUUAAUUUCGCCAAAAGGUUACGUCCCAAACAUUCCCCAACAAUUUCAAGUUGAAUAUAGAUGUGUUGGAGCACGUUCUGGUCAAUUUCGUGUUAAUUUAAAUUUUAAUAUAACAACAACAAAAACAUCUUUAUUACAAUUAACUUUAAAACAAGAGAAAAUAUGUUCGUAUAGAGAAGGAAGGAGAAGGGCUUUUGCUCAAGAAGAAGAUUCAAACAACCAUCUAAACAUUAACGACAACAACAACAACGAAAACAACAAACAAAACAAACAACAUACAACUUAUUCAACUUGGCCAUUAUUCUCUUUUAUAAGUUUACUUUCUCUUCCUUGUCAAUUACUUGUUGCGUCUGUUUCUCUAUUUGCUCUAGUUUGUUCAGUUUUACUUUGUUGUUGUUAUUGUAUUAAACAAGAAGAAGAAAAAGAACAACAACAAACAAACAAUAAUUUUUCUUUUAGAAGAAGAAGAUCAAAAAUAGGUUCUUUAUAUAAUUCAACACGUUCAUCCCUUAUAAGAAGAAAAAUAUUAUUUCAACAAGGAAUUGAUCAAAAAAAUAAUAAAUUAAUUAAUGGGGGUUCUUUAAAAGAAAGUUCAACAGCUAAUAGUGGUAAAAGUGGAUUAUCUAAAAUAACAACAACCGGACUAGCAACAAUUAAUAGUUGUACUACUGCCUCCUCCUUUUCUUCAAAAACAGUACUAGACGACGAACAACGUAAACCUUUACUUGACCCUCAAAUGCCUUCAACAUCAGCAGCCGCAUUACAACAACAACAAAAAUUAACAAGUAAAAUAAUUUAUGAAAGAAACAACCAACAAGUGGAUGUUAAUUCAGCAUUAAUAGAAUUAAAUGCAGAUAGAAAUCUUUUUGAACAAUGCCAUAAGCCUGAAAUGGAAGGACAUUUUGGACAGUUAGUAUGGGCAAAUUGGCGUCAAAUAGGGUUAAAUGGAAAUAGGCCUGUUGUUGAUGAAGUUGAUGAUGGGGAGGAUGAUGCUAAAGAAGAUACUGCACUAAUUUGUAAAACUCUAAAGCCUGAUGCAGAUAGAAUCCAAUUUGAAUGUUUUUUACGUGCUGCUUUGCAGUUUCAUUAUGUUAUCGCAGCCGCAACUUUUGGUAAUUUUUUGAAUCCAGACUCAGUUCGUGAUUUACCUUUAAUUUGUUAUGCUCAUGAUGGUUUUGGAAUUUUAAAAAAUUUUUUGCAAGAAUGUAGAGAACAAGCACUUAAUGCGUCUUUAAAUAACAAAAAAUCUUCUUCAGUUAGUCCUGGGGUUGUAGUUAAAAGUUGGGCUAAACGUUUCAGAAAGGGAAGUAGUUGUAGUGGUGAUGGAUUGAAGGAAGAAGAAAAGAAGGUGAUUAAAGAAGAAGAGGAGAAUAAGGUAAAGGAUGAUAAUAGAGAUGUGGAAAGGGGAAAGGAAGGUGGUGGUGGACAAAUGGAAAAUCCUCGAAUUGGUAAGUUGAAGCAAUUUGCUGCAAAAAAUAUCUGUAGCAAAAAAUAUGAAGCAUGCUUCAAAAAAUCAGAAACAUGCUUCAAGAUAUAUGAAGCAUGCUUCUAA